AUGGGCCUACAAAAAGGCCCCUCGUCCCACGACAACAAAACCAACAUCACCAACAUCAUCAUCAUCAUCUCCUUCGAUCUAUCGCAACCACAGCGUUGCUUUCUUCGGCCAGCUUCUUCGUUGUCUGCGAUUAUGGACCCCCAGCAAAUGGCAGCCCAAGCUUCAGCGCAGGCUCAGGCUCAGGCUCAGGCGCAGCGCUACUUCUGUACUCCCUGCCAAAAAGUCUUCAGCACCGAAUCCCUCUUGCAGGUGCACAAGAUGAAGUCGAGCAAGCAUAUUUUGUGCGACGUCUGCAGGAUGGAGUUCAAGAACGAAGAAGCCCGCAAGUACCACCGCAACGCUCACCACAGUGCAGAGCAGGACCUCAAUUGUCCAUACUGCGGAAAGCACUUCAUUCGAAUGGGCGGCCUGGUUUCCCACUGGGAGUUGACCGAGUGCCGUGGUCUACCAGCCAGCGUCUUCGACCAACAGCGCAAGGAAGCCACCGAAAGACUAGAACAGGGGCGCGCAGCAAACCGAUUCAAGGACAUAAGCCGGUCACGCAAAGUCGAGAACGAGCCCCUUCCUCCCAUGCGUCGACAGGUUCCGGUAUUUCAGCAAACUCCAGUUGGUCAGCGCGUUGCACAAGUUCCAGUUGAUAGCGGCGUUUUGGGUAACAAUGGAGGCGGCAAUGGAAGCCCGGUUGGCGGAUAUGGCACUAGCAACGACUAUGGUACUCCUCUCGUUGACAUCGGCCCAAGUAUCGACCCCGAGGAGGACCUUAUCUCUUUUACUACGGCCGUUCUUAAUACACCAUGGGGUUUGGAUCCAAAAGAGGCUUUGGUCAAUGUUCAAAAGUUUGCUCCAACUACAUCUGACUUCCCUGCUCUGGGCAAGCCUGCUGCCGGUACCUCUGCCGGUUUCAAUCCAGCUACUGGUGGUAUGAACCGCAACAGUGUCCGCGCCCAAGCUUGUGAUACCGCCCAGACUUCGGCUCGUCUUCCCACCGUCUAUGCGGGCAACCAACCCUCUCCGGCGUCCACCAAUGCUUGGUCAAAACAAAAGAAUCUCUUCCCUGAGGCACCUGCCGCAAUUGCCCCGCCUACCGAGCUUUUGAAGUCGAUGGCUAUUUCAGAGCCCGUGAAGAAGGACAAAAACUUCAACGAAACCAACCCUGAUAGCCCAGACUUCCGUGCAGACCGCUUCUGGAUCAAACCCCUUGGCAAAUUCAAGUGCCCACACUGCCCAAAGAGCCAUGCGUCCAGACCCGCUUUCAUCGCUCACUUGAAAUCACCAGCUCACCGUUCAGAGAGACUUCAAUGUACCAAAUGCCUCCGUUAUUACGAUACGGCCACUGCUCUAACUCAGCACUACGAGUCUCAAAGUAUCCGCUGCACAGUCCGCGAGACCGAUGGCUACGACAAUGUACUCCUCGGUGCUACGGCUGAGAAUGUCUUGACCCAAGGUCGCAUGGCUGAUGAUACUAUCAAGUAUAUCAUUAACCCGCAGGCCCCUCUUCUUACCGGUGCUGCAGCUGGUGGCGGUGUCGCUGGUGUCGCUGCUGCCCUUCGUGCUGCCGAAAGGGUACGUAACAAUCAGAAGGACGAGUUCUGGACCAAGCAUACUCCAAAGUGGUAG